CUUUCUUUUUCUUUUUCUUUUUUUUUUAAUUACUUUUUAUAUAUAUAAUCUAUACUCAUCAUGGCUAUUACCAAAGUUCACGCUCGUCAAAUCUUCGAUUCUCGUGGUAACCCUACUGUUGAAGUUGAAGUCACUACUGAUAAGGGUGUCUUCCGUUCUGCCGUUCCCUCUGGUGCUUCUACUGGUAUCCAUGAAGCUUUGGAACUUCGUGACAAUGUCAAGGCUGAUUACUGUGGCAAAGGUGUUUUGACUGCUAUUGGUAAUGUGAACAAAAUUAUUGGUCCUGCUCUUAUUGAAGCCAAUGUGAACGUUGUUGAUCAAAAGGCUGUGGAUGAUCUUUUAUUGAAGUUGGAUGGUACCAAGAACAAGAGCAAGUUGGGUGCUAACUCUAUUUUGGGUGUUUCCAUGGCUGUUUGUAAGGCUGGUGCUGCCGAAAAGGGUGUUCCUCUCUAUGUUCACCUUGCUGACCUUGCUGGUUCCAAGAAGCCUUUCGUUUUGCCUGUUCCUUGUUUCAACGUGAUUAACGGUGGUUCUCAUGCUGGUAACAAGCUGGCUAUGCAAGAAUUCAUGAUUGCUCCCACUGGUGCUAAGACUUUCACUGAAGCUAUGAAGAUUGGUUCUGAAGUUUACCACACUUUGAAGAGUGUUAUCAAGGCCAAGUAUGGUCAAGAUGCUACCAACGUUGGUGAUGAAGGUGGUUUCGCCCCCAACAUUCAAGAUAACCAAGAAGGUCUUGAAUUAUUGGUUACUGCUAUUGAAAAGGCUGGUUACACCGGUAAGGUCAAGAUUGCUAUGGAUUGUGCCGCUUCUGAAUUCUACAAGGAUGGCAAGUAUGAUUUGGAUUUCAAGAAUCCCAACUCCAACCCUGCUGAUUACCUUACUGGUGAACAAUUAUCUGACCUUUACAAGUCCUUCUCUGAAAAAUACCCUAUUGUCUCUAUUGAAGAUGCUUUCGAUCAAGAUGAUUGGGAUAACUGGACUCACUUGAACACAAGCUCUGAUUACCAAUUGGUUGGUGAUGAUUUGACUGUCACUAACCCUGAACGUAUUGCCACUGCCGUUGAAAAGAAGGCUUGUAAUGCUUUGUUGCUCAAGAUCAAUCAAAUCGGUACCAUCACUGAAUCCAUUCGAGCUGCUCUUGAUUCUCAAAAGGCUGGUUGGGGCGUCAUGGUUUCUCAUCGUUCUGGUGAAACUGAAGAUACCUUCAUUUCUUCUCUUGUUGUUGGUCUCCGUACUGGUCAAAUCAAGACUGGUGCUCCUUGUCGAUCUGAACGUUUGGCCAAGUACAACGAACUCCUCCGUAUUGAAGAAGAACUUGGUGACAAUGCUAUCUAUGCUGGUGAACACUUCCGCAAGGCUCACGAUUUGUAAAUAUUGAAAUGCGUUAUAUAGCUUCUUUCACCUCCCUUUUACCUUACUAUUUAGCUUAAAAAAAGAUCACUCCAUGUUAGUAUAGUCUCUUUUGUCUGAAAUAAAAAAUAUAUAUAUAUAUUCAUUUCUUUAAA